CCGACCGUCAGCAGGACUUUGACAGCGGCGAGAACGAGUCCCCGCGGAUGCCGGCCGCCGUCCAAUGCGCCAAUUGUUUGGGUCACGAUGGAAUCAAGUCGCUGAGCAUCGAGCUGAUCAAAGCGUCGAUACUGAACAAGCUAGGCAUGCAGCGGCCGCCGGAGUUCGGUGGUCGGUUGCCGCCUCGGGUGCCCACCGAUCUGCCACCGCUCCAAGAUCUCAUGCGCAAGUACAACACCGACCACAGCGGUUCGGUGGUGGUGCUCCCGCACAUCCGGCACAAGUCGCACCACCUAGACGACAGCGCUACCGACAUGCAGAGCGAUGAAGCGACCGGUUACUCGAUUACCGCAGCUAUGGACAACAUCAACGGUUACAACGGCGGCGACACCAACGACGACGACGACUAUCAUGUCAAGACGCACAAGCUCAUAGCGUUCGCUCAGCCGCAUCCCACGACGCAGAAACUAAACGGCCGAUAUCCGCUCUACUUUACGUUCUCCGAGCAGACGGGCCAGCAACGAAUCACCGAAGCAAUCCUGUGGCUGUACAAGAGACGGCAGGACGUGGUCAUCGAUGACCCGGUGGUCAUUAUCGAUGUAUUCAGGGUCAGCAUGCAGCAACCACAUACACACGUGCCUGUGGCAAACAUAAAGCGCGUGGUCAACUCCACCGAACCUGGCUGGGUGCCCAUUGACCUACAUAGGCGCAUGUCCGACUGGUUCAAGACCACGGACGGGGCCAAGAACCUGACACUAUCGGUGCACGCGUACUACGCGAACAAGAACAUCACGCACGUCAGGACGCCUUAUGUAACAGACGCCAGGAAAAGAGAAGAUAUGACCGAGAUCCCGUACUUGGAGGUGCACACUCGGAAGGACCGCCGGUCCCGGGCCAGGCGAAACGCUGCGUCCGGGCUGACGUGCAACGAGACGUCCACGGAAACCCGGUGCUGCAAGUUCCCGUUGACGGUCGACUUCGAGGAGUUUGGCUGGCACUGGAUCAUCGCACCCAAGCGUUACGUGGCCAACUACUGUUCUGGCGUGUGUGACCCGAUGCUGUUCCCGAAGUAUCCACACACGCACCUGGUGCAGAUGACCAAGUUUGGCACGGGACCGUGCUGCGCACCCCGCAAGAUGUCCGCCAUAUCCAUGUUGUACUACGACCCCGACUUCAACAUCGUCUACGGCAUGCUGCCCGGCAUGGUGGUGGAAAGGUGUGGCUGUAGCUAAUCGACGGCAACGCCAGUCGCUCACCUUCCACUACCGACGUCACACACACACACACACACACACACACACACACGCGCGCGUACGCGUACGCAAAUAAGCACGUAUAUUUUUGUCAUCAAGGAUCACGAUUCGUUGGGUGGGUAAACUUGAACAAUUGCAUCUACCCAAUAGAUUCCCAUGAUACGUGUCUGCGAACCAUACAUACAAACACACACCACACACAAACACACACAUACACACUGACAUGUCGUAUUAUUUUCGCUCCACACUAUGAUAUUGUGCUAGAUAUAAAUAUCAUGAUGUCAAUAAUUCAAUCCGCUAAAAUGCGAUAUAAGCGAAAAACAUAACCUAUAUUUAUAUAAUGCUGAGUUGUCGAUGACAUUAGAAUUUUUCGAUAUUAUUAUGCUUAUAAUACGAUGUAUAUUCCUCGUUCUCCGCUAAUUAUUAUAAUAUUAUAUUCAUGUUGUAUAACGAUAUAAUAAAAAAUAACACAUAUUAUUUUGUAUUAUUUAUUCGCAACACGUUUCUUUGUAAAUACACCUUUUUUAUCUGUUUUA